AUGGGACCCACGGUGCGCGGGGACGCGGGGCUGCCCCGCAGCCGCCGCCCGACGACCCUUGCGGGUGCCACAAGCCCGGGCCCGGCUUUUCUACCAGAACGUCAUAGGAACCCGGGGUCCCGCCGCCCCCUCCUCGCCGGCGACCUAGGACGGGGUGGUCCCCGGCUGAGGGAUCCCCGAGGCUCUGUCUCCGAGGACAGGGUCCCCGAGACCACCAGAUUCCGCGCCCUGCCCACCUGCCUACCUCUGCGGCGGCGCCCGAUGUCCCUCCCGGCUUCGCCUGCUACCCGACUCGGUCGGCUCCCCGGCUCUCAGCCCUCGCCAGUCACACUCGGAGCCCCGAGCGGCCCGUACGGCGCCGCCUCCUCCGAGAUUGGCGGCCGGAGUAACUAAUCGGAGGCCGGAGCCGACCACCUGGCGUCACUGGAGGAGGUGUUUAUAAAUGUGGCUCCUCCCGGUGCCCCUCAGAGUAAGGAGGUCUAACCCAAGAGGUGUUCCCACUGCCUUCCCUACACCUAGACUUCAAGGCCUGUUGUAGCCAUUAGUCACCUCUUUCCCAUUCCCUUUGCCUCGAUUGUACCUGUGUACCACUUCUUGUCUUCAGGUCUCUGGGCCUGAAUUCUCCUUGCCAAUCCUUCAUCUUUCUAACAAAAAAACUAGUUUAAGUAUGCAAUUUGCCAAAGACCUUUACUGCCUUCCUGAUGCUUAAGUAGUCAGGAGCAGAUUCCGUGUGCAGCCUGCAAAGCCCCCCUCCUACUUGGGCAAGUUUAGUUUUCACAGCUGCUCUUCGCACCUCGGGUGACCGUGGUCCGCGUCCCUAUUCUGAAGACUCCAGCUGGGAACUUUGACAUGGUGUUUCCUGUCCCUCCUUUAAACGUUCUGUCUGUCCUCUCAGAAGGCGCCUGUCGCCCCGCAUAGCAGAAAUCUCUGAUCUUGUUUUUGCCCUCAGCAUGUCCAGGUUUUGCCGCUCUUGACAUGAACACAUUUUCCUGACUUUCCCCUGUUGCAACAGCCUGCGAGCUUUUGAAAGCGAAAGAUUUGUGUUCUUUCUUGCUUCCUUCUCAGCAUAUCUCACAUAGCGUAUUGCAUGAGCACAUAAAUGAUACAUCUGGUUGGAUUUCACCUCCUAAACUAGGGCAUAGAGAGGCCAGUCUUGGGAGAGGAAGAGAGGGGACAGGAGGGGAGGAGAGGUAAGGGGAAGGGGAGGGACAAAUUAUGAAUGUUAGACCUUCCCCAGGUCACAAAACUAGGUCAGACAAAUUACUCUUUGAUAUACAGUUAACUAAUAGAAGCAUCAGAUGACUUUUCCCAUUUCAAUCUUUUUACAAAAGAAAAAGCCAACCUUAUACAGGGGGAAAAAACACACUAAAAUGAUAAAGAUUUGCAAGGUUUCUUAGAGGGAAAGCACUACGUGAAAACAAAUAAAAGACCAGCAAGAAAUCAUUGGGCGUCCAUAUUUCUUCCAGAUGAACACUAAUUUUGGACUGGAUCCCAGACAACCCCCAUACAUCAAAUUCCUCUGCCUUCUGUGGGAGCUGAUGAUGCAUAUCAUAUGAAAAAUUGUCUGCAAACAGCCUUGGCAAACAAACAGCCUGGAUGGGCUUAUUUUACAGAGCAUGCAGGAGUUAAACAAACAGCUAAAGUAACUUGCAUAAUUUAACACAGCAAGUCAGUAGAGACCCAGCAAGAAAAGAUAGAGGAUGCCAAAAUAGAAUCACUUCCGUUUGUGAGUCAGAAACACUAAAUGGACUAAGUGAGCUGAGUGAAUAAAUUUACUCAUAAAUA